UCUGGCGAUCUCUCACCGAGCCACUGGCGGCUAAAAUGGGUAGGGGUGGGGGAGAGAGGCGGUUUCCAUGGGCCAGCCACGGGAACCGCCAGCCUUGUUACCCCUGAGUCCAUAUCUCCUGGCGCUGGGUCCCUGGUCGAUCGCGCCAGAGGCCUGGGUCGGGGCACGGAUGGGAGACGGCUCAGGAAAGCCCCAGAGCGACAGGCCACAGCGUGGGACGCUCAGAAAGGAGCCCUUGGCCUCGGCGCUGACCCCAGUGCCGGGCACCAGGCUGCUGGAGAUGCCAUCUUUCAGGCCAAAGGGAGAACCAAGCACCUGGUCACUCCCGCUCCUUCAAGAUCCGCUGGAACUUUUUUCAAGAAUGAGAACCGCCUCCACCCGGUCCUGGCCAAAUUCCAACCUGGAUUGGGUAAUGCCGGGCUCCCUGCUGGAAUGAAAUCUGAGCCUUCGGGAUCUUAAUACACAGGAUCCAGUGUGUGAGCUAACAAAUCCACCUCGCCUCGCUGACCCCGUAGCAGGCUCAUCAACCUCUCUGGCCUAGAUCCCUCCAGAGGCUGCUGGAGAUGCACAGCGCCACUGGCAUGGAACACACUCGGAUUCACUUCCUGUCCUAAACGGGAAGCAGUGUAGCUGCUAACCAGCUGCCACGUCCCACCCCAGAGCUGGCUGCAUUUCAGCACUGGGUGAGCCAUUCGCCCAUUCCAUUGGGCGCUUCGAGUUUCGGGUGCCCAGCUGGAGGCCUGAUUUUCAGCAGCUAGAGCUCCUGAUCGGAGUCCGUAGCGAGGCCGGGUAAAUUCCAGGGGCUUCUUCUAAAACAGCGGGAAGUGGCGCAGAUACCCAUGUGCCGAGUGAGCCUUGGAGUCGGGUGGCAUCCGGGCCUCAAUGCCGGGGCGUAUCCUGGUAUGGAAAGCUGGGAUACUCCCACUGGAUGGAGCGUGGUGGCCGGCCUUUCUGGCCAGUGAUGGGGGGGAAUUGGAGACUAAAACAGCCAAGGGCUGGGUUGGCUGGAUGGCUUGUGGGAGCGGCUCAGGCUAGUGAGUAGGUCACUGGUUCGAAGCUGGGUUAGGACAGCAAUAGCUACUAUUUGUCACCGGUUGAUGGUUGUUUGGUGGCCUUUGCCUUUGGUGUCUCAAUGGGCAAGCGUCCCCUGUGGCUGGCAGGCUGGGUGGGAGGGAAUAGAACUCAUCUCCAGAGAGAGUCGUCGCCCUAUGGCUGCCUGCAGCGCGCCCGGGUGCGGCAGCGCGGAGGAAGCUCGAUGCCGCUGUCUCUGCCUGGUGCACAAACAGCUGGUGUGGACGUCAGCCCUGGGACCUGCUGCCUGGUGAGCUCAGGCCUUGGCAGUGAAAAAUCGUCCCACUCCACCCUGUCAGAGGAGAUCCAGAUGUAGCAUCUCCCAGCCAGUGGCUUUGGCAGGAGGGUUCCUCUCUGGCCUGAAACAGGAAAGUUCCCUGGGAAACACUCCAGGGGCCUGAUUCUCCAUCAUGCUGCGCCUUGAGUUGGCACAGGGCGGGCAAAUGACGCCAGCAUGUGAAGGACAGUCAGGCGAGGAGCGUUCUGAUGAUGUUCAGAGUCACGGGGGGCUAUAGUGGGACUCAGGGGGCCUGGGUUCAAAUCCGUGCUCUGCCACAAGCUUCAGGUGACCUUGGGCAAAUCACUUAGUCUCUCCGUGCCUCAGUUUCCCCACGUGUACAACAGGGAUAAUAGCCCUGCCCUGCCUCAUGGGGGAGCCUCAGGGAAGGUGAGGGAACUCACCUAGAUACCUUAGCUAGAAGUUGUGGCGGCCCCAGCCCAGAAUUUCUGGGCUGCCAGCCUAUGGUCCCUCUAGCCUGAUGCUGCCGAUGCAACACUAACCCCCGCAGGCAGCUUCCUGACCCCCACAGCUGGUGUCGGGCCUGGAGCAUGGAGACUGAUCACCCAGAUUUGCUUUCUUGGUGCAGUCAGGACAUAGUCUAGGAGGCCCCUAGAUCCAUUCUUGGGCACCUAAAUAACUGCUGGAUUUCCACCAACAGCCCCCAUGGACCGCAACAGCUUUGCCUUAAUGGCCAUGAAACAUAUGAGGAUGGCAGCCCGCUAGGCACCCCUCCUCCGUGCUUCAUUUUCCAUGACCACAUCCAACCCUGGCCACUGCUGGAGACGGGCUACGGGGCUGGAUGGACCCUGGGUGGGUCUCUUCUAGGCCAGAUGGACCAUGAGUCUCCUCUGGGAGGAUGGGCCAUUGGUGUCUUCUGGACUGAACGGGCCACCGGGCUGAUCCCCUCGGCUGAGUCCUGCAUUGCCUUCUCCAUCCCUGGAGUCAAUCGUAGCCCUAUGUGCCCAGGAGGCGGAACACUGCUCCGGCCCGGCGCAUCGAGCACUUGGGCUCCACCAAAUCCCUCCACACCUCGAAGCAACGGAGCACGCUGCCCAGGAGCUUCAGCCUGGACCACGUGAUGGAGCGCAAGUACGACUUUGACCUGACCUACAUCACUGAGCGCAUCAUCUCCGUCUUCUUCCCCUCCGCCCUGGAGGAGCAGCGUUACCGCGGCAACCUGCGGGAGGUGGCACAGAUGCUGAAGUCCAAGCACGAGGAUAAGUACACGCUUUUCAACCUGUCCGAGAAGCGCCGUGACAUCAGCAGGCUGAACCCCAAGGUUCAGGAUUUCGGGUGGCCGGACUUGCACGCGCCCCCCCUGGACAAGAUCUGCUCCAUCUGCAAAGCCAUGGAGACCUGGCUGAACUCGGACCCCCAGCACGUCGUGGUGCUGCACUGCAAGGGCAACAAGGGCAAGACGGGCGUCAUCGUGGCCUCCUAUAUGCACUACAGCAAGAUCUCUGCCAGCGCGGACCAGGCGCUCGGCACCCUGACCAUGCGGAAGUUCUGCGAGGACAAAGUGGCCGCGUCCCUGCAGCCAUCCCAGCAAAGGUACAUCAGUUACUUCAGCGGGCUGCUGUCGGGCACCAUCAAGAUGAACAGCAGCACCCUAUUCCUGCACCACGUCCUCAUUCCCGCCAUCCCCAACUUCGAGACCAGCGGAGGCUACCAGCCCUUCCUGAAGAUCUACCAGUCCAUGCAGCUCGUCUACACCUCGGGGAUCUACAGUGUCCCGGCCCCCGGCCCCCAGAAGCUGUGUGUCACCCUGGAGCCAGCCCUGCUGCUGAAAGGGGACGUGAUGGUGAAGUGCUACCACAAGCAGACCUGCAACUCUAACCGGGACGUGGUUUUCCGCGUCCAAUUCCACACGUGCACCAUCCACGGUGCCCAGCUCUGGUUCGGGAAGGACGAGCUGGACGAGGCCUGGCAAGACGAGCGCUUCCCCUUCGAAGCCAGCGUGGAGUUCGUCUUCUCUGCUGGCCCCGAGAAGAUGAAAGGCCUGGAGACCUUACGGAACAGCCCGUCCAUCACCGUGGAUUAUAACAUCUCCGAUCCCAUGGUGCGCUGGGACUCCUACGAGAACUUCAACCUGCAUCACGAAGACAGCCUGGAAGACAUGUCCCACACCCGCGGCCCCAUCGACGGCAGCCUCUACGCCAAGAUCAAGAAGAAGCGGAACCUGAGCGGCUUCUCCGGCGGCGGUGGGAGCCCGGCCAGCGCGGACUCCACCCAGCAGGGCAGCCGCUUCCUCUCCGUCAGCAGCGACUCGGGCCACUCCUCCAUGCUGGCCGAACCCUCCCCUCCCGCCAAGCUGCUGCCCACGCCGGCCGAGAGGGAGGAGCUGGACAGGCUGCUCGGGGGCUUUGGGGUCAAGGCCAGGCCGGAGACCCCCAAGCAGCCAAGGGGGGCAUCCCCGCACCAGGAGCUGGGGGGAUGCCCGCACAGCAACGGGGCCAGGGACAGGGAGACGGCCAUCUUGGAAGACGAGCUGGUGGAGAUGAGCCCCUUCGGGCCCCUGGCGUACCCCAGCCGGCGCCCCGGCCUAACCCGCCACUGCUCCUGCCGCCUGGGCUACCGCUCGCAGAGCUGCCCGGGCACCCACAGCCCCGAGAGGCUACCCAAUGGCGCCUACUACAGGCCAGAGGGCACCUUGGAGCGCCGGCGGCUGGUCUACAGCACCAACGGGGUCCACUUGCACCCUGCCGAGGGCUACCCCUGCCUGCCGCAGGAGGCCGGGCCAGGGGAGAAACGGCGGGUGUAUCGCUCCCUCUCCGAGGGCCUGCAGCCCCUCGCCCACCCCUAUGCCUACGAGUUGCCCCACAGCCCCAGUAAGUGGGAGGACCUGGCCUACAAGCCACCCAGCUACCGGGAGGUGCUAAUCCUGGAGGAGGAGCCCGUGUGCGGCUUGGAGCUGUGCCCAUGCCAGGACUGCCAGGAGAAGGCUCACGAGGAAGCCGGCCUGCCCCCCACCACCGCCUUCUGCGGCCUGCACCUGAGCAGCCGCGAGCCCGAGGAAUGGGCCCACGAGAGUGCCAAGUCCCCCCUGUCCCGGGCAGGGCACCCCGGCCAGCCCGGGCCGUUGCUGAUGCCGGCCGCCUACAGCCAGCGCCCCCGGGGGCAUCACGAGGUGUUUGACUUCGAGCCCGCCCAUGCCAAGAUGCCGGCGCACUUCGCCCACGGCUACCCGGCACAGCCCGUGCCCGGCGCCCAUCAGAAGGGCCACAAGGGCAUGGAGCAGAGCCUGGAGCCCUUCCACUACCGCUAUGGCCCACCCUACCCCGCCCUGCUGCCCCAUGGCGCCUACGCCUGCGGCCCCCCUGCCCAGUGCCCCCAGCCGCCCUUCUACGGCCGGUCCCCAGCCAGGCCCUGCGCCUCCCCGCCGGACAUGCGGCCGUACGCGCCGGGCUACCACUCGCCCCCGUCCGGCUCGGUGUCCCCCGUCAGCUCGGCCUACCCAGCCUCCAGGAACCAAAGCUACGAGCCCCAGUCCCCGGAGACAGGCCAGGGCUACCCACACCCGGGGCACCAGGACCGGACCCCUGCUGAGAUGCAGAGCCCCGGGGAGGAGGCGCCCUGGCGAGACGUCCCUGGCUCCCUGCGCCAGCUCCACCGGGAGGCUCCCGCCGCCUGCCCCGCGCCCCCCGAGCUGUCGGGCCCGCCUACUCCUCUGCACACCAGCAGCCCGGUGCAGAGCAAAGACAGCCCUGCGCUGCCCGAAGGCGGCACCCCGGCUGCCAGCCUGCAGGAGAGCUCGGCGUGCUCCAGCCCCGAGGACAUGGCCCCACCCAGCGCCAAGAGGACCCCAGAGAUGAGCUCAGCCCGGCCAGAGGCCGCACCCAGCCCCCCCGCAACCCCCUUCUCCGACACAGGCCUGUGCCCAUGGAGCCACCUCCAGGGCCCAAGCCAAUGGGCCGGCCCCAAGGCAGCCCUGUCCCCGAGCCCACAGCCCCGCCAGCCCGCCCCAGGGCACCGGCCUAUCCAGGGUGAUCCCGGGAGACGCCGCAAGUCACCUGAAUGGCCCCAGCUGUCCAGCUGUCUCCCCCGAUUCACCCCCCAGCAAUGGGACCCCAGCGCACCUGCUGUCCCCUGGCAUGGACAGGCUGGCCCAGCGCAGCCCCCCGGGCGCGCCUGUCCACAGCCCGGCCUGCGCCAGCUGCAGAGCGACAGCUACGCUCAGGAACCCAGCCCCCUACAACGGGCACCUGCCCAGUGACAGAGCCGAGCUGGUCCCAGGCCCCCUGGCCCGCUGCCCCAAUGGCAGCCCCCUCCCAAGCCCCAUCACCUCCUACUGCCCCUCCGACCUGCAGUGCUCCCCGACCCCUGCCUUCCCCAUCGCUACAGCCUACUACCCGGGCGGGGA